GCCCUCCGUUCGCCGGAUCCAAGAUGCCGAACGGCAAAGAAGUAGAGUUGUUGGUCCGGCGGCGGCGAGGGCGGGGGAGCGGCCGUGCAGCAGGACAGGAGAGCAGGACAGCGGUUCCAGGUACAAGCAUGGAGAAAAAGGAUAAGCCUCUCCCUAGGCUUAACAUUCAUUCUGCAUUUUGGAUAUUGUCAUCAAUAGCUAUUACAUAUUAUGUUGAAUUUUUUAAAACUGUUAAGGAAAUUAUUCAAAAAGAAAGUGGGUGGUUUGUCCUUGGCAGCUGUUUAUUAGCAGUCAGUCUGUCAGUGGCAUUUUAUUGCAUCAUAUAUCUCGAAUGGUAUCAUGGAAUUGCAGACUAUGAAACUAGCUAUCCCACUCUCGUUCCCAUCACAACUGCUAGCUUUAUUGCUGCAGCAGUUUGUUUUAACAUUUCCUUGUGGCCUGUGUGGUCAUUUCUGACGCCUCCAGUGCUCUUCAUCCAGUUUAUGGGUAUAGUCAUGCUUGUGUCCCUGUUGGGCUAGACCUCGCAGGUUCUGUCUACUCUUCAUGUCAUAGUGAAGGGUCUGGAUUUAAUCAUUCUCCCCAUUUUGAAGUUUGGGGCAACACCUAUUCUCGGCCACUUCAACUUCAGAAUACACAAAGGGUCAGCAAGAUCACCAUCAAGUUUCUUCAGUACUAUGGAAGGAAAGAUUUAAUCAGAAGUACAUAGAAAUCCCAUGGCCAUGUCUCCUUCAUUUUCAAACGUCAUUUUUGUUCCUUAUGCCAUUCUUCACUAUUUCUUGUUGAGCAAAACUGAACCAAUUGCAUUCCAAAAAAGAUAACCAAAAGCUGUGUUUAAACAAAAUGCCAUUCGUUUGUUUGUAGGCUGAACUGCCAGAUGGCAGGAUUUGAAGAUGAAACCUGCGGGUAAUAAA